AGACUGUGUGUGUUGGACCUGGGUUUAAUGCAUGGACAUAGACUGUGUGUGGUGGACCUGAGUUUAAUGCAUGGAUAUAGGCUGCGUGUGGUGGACCUGGGUUUAAUGCAUGGAUAUAGGCUGUGUGUGGUGGACCUGGGUUUAAUGCAUGGAUAUAGGCUGUGUGUGGUGGACCUGGGUUUAAUGCAUGGAUAUAGGCUGCGUGUGGUGGACCUGGGUUUAAUGCAUGGACAUAGACUGUGUGUGGUGGACCUGGGUUUAAUGCAUGGAUAUAGGCUUUGUGUGGUGGACCUGGGUUUAAUGCAUGGAUAUAGGCUGCGUGUGGUGGACCUGGGUUUAAUGCAUGGAUAUAGGCUGUGUGUGGUGGACCUGGGUUUAAUGCAUGGAUAUAGGCUGUGUGUGGUGGACCUGGGUUUAAUGCAUGGAUAUAGGCUGCGUGUGGUGGACCUGGGUUUAAUGCAUGGAUAUAGGCUGCGUGUGGUGGACCUGGGUUUAAUGCAUGGAUAUAGGCUGCGUGUGGUGGACCUGGGUUUAAUGCAUGGAUAUAGGCUGCGUGUGUUGGACCUGGGUUUAAUGCAUGGAUAUAGGCUGCGUGUGGUGGACCUGGGUUUAAUGCAUGGAUAUAGGCUGCGUGUGGUGGACCUGGGUUUAAUGCAUGGAUAUAGGCUGCGUGUGGUGGACCUGGGUUUAAUGCAUGGACAUAGGCUGUGUGUAGUGGACCUGGGUUUAAUGCAUGGACAUAGGCUGCGUGUGGUGGACCUGGGUUUAAUGCAUGGAUAUAGGCUGCGUGUGGUGGACCUGGGUUUAAUGCAUGGAUAUAGGCUGCGUGUGGUGGACCUGGGUUUAAUGCAUGGACAUAGACUGUGUGUGUUGGACCUGGGUUUAAUGCAUGGACAUAGACUGUGUGUGGUGGACCUGAGUUUAAUGCAUGGAUAUAGGCUGCGUGUGGUGGACCUGGGUUUAAUUCAUGGAUAUAGGCUGUGUGUGGUGGACCUGGGUUUAAUGCAUGGACAUAGGCUGUGUGUGAUGGACCUGGGUUUAAUGCAUGGACAUAGGCUGUGUGUGUUGGACCUGGGUUUUAAAUGGUUAUUUUCUGUGUAUGUUAGUAUUUUCACAAAUAAUGUUGCCCUAAUCAACUUAUUCUAUUGGAAAUACUUUAAAGUAUUUUUUAAAAACAUAUUCCUGAAUACAGUAUUUCAAAUUCCAAACAGACCCGGGGUCAAAUGCAUGGGAAUAUUUAAAUGUUUGUGUAAAUACUGUGUCACGCCCUGAUCUUAGAGCUUUUUAUGUCUCUAUUUUGUUUUGGUCAGGGUGUGAUUUGGGUGGGCAUUCUAUGUUCUAUUUUCUAUGUUUUGUAUUUCUUUGUUUUGGCCGGGUAUGGUUCUCCAUCAGGGACAGCUGUCUAUCAUUGUCUCUGAUUGGGAACCAUACUUAGGUAGCCCUUUUUCCCACCUGUCUUUGUGGGUAGUUAACUUUGUUAGUGGCAUUAUAGCCCAGUUAAGUGUCACGGUCGUGUCUUUGUUGGCGACAUUCAUUCAAAUAAAAAGAAUAUGUUAUCUCA